CUGCGCCUGGGCCGCGGGCGCGGGGCGGCGGACCGCGGGGUGCUCGCCUGGCUCUGCUACGACGCCCUGGUGCACUUCGUGCUGGAAGGCCCUUUUGUCUACUUGUCUUUAGUAGGGAACGUUGCGGAUUCCGAAGGCUUGAUUGCUUCUUUGUGUAAAGAAUAUGGCAAAGCUGAUGUAAGAUGGCUUUACUUUGAUCCCACCAUUGUGUCUGUGGAAAUUCUGACUGCCGUCCUGGAUGGUUCUCUGGCAUUGUUCCUCGUUUAUGCCAUCGUCAAAGAGAAAUAUUAUCGGCAUUUCAUACAGAUUACCCUAUGUGUGUGUGAAUUGUAUGGUGACUGGAUGACCUUCUGCCCAGAGUGGGUUACCGGAAGCCCCAACCUCAACACCAGCAAUUGGCUCUACUUCUGGGUCUAUCUGGUAUUCUUCAAUGGUGUGUGGGUUUUAGUCCCAGCACUGUUACUAUGGCAAUCAUGGGUAGAACUCAAGAAAAUUCAUCACAGAGGAGCCGGUUCAGGAAGAAAGUUCCAGUGAAUUUUCAGAAUCAUAAACACUAUUAUCUUGCUUUCUGAGCCAGAAUAGAUUCAACCUUUCUAUCUGGUUAAGAUGUAGUACAUUCCAGUCUACAGUUUCUUUUUAUGUUGUUGCUCUGGAACAGCCUGUUUCAAAUUGCUUUUAAGGGUGGCAGUUUUUCAUGAUUUGUUUUUUUUGUUUAUUUAAUUAGAUGACAAUAAAGAGAAUAAACUUGUAAUAAUGACACAUUUAAUUAAAUGUUUUUAUAGCUGGCAUUAAUUGUACCACAUUAAUAAAACCAAUUAUCUUAGAAUACCAAA